AUGGCUUCAUUCGCAGAAGACGAUUAUGAUUAUUUAUACAAGGUAGUUUUGAUCGGGGAUUCAGGCGUCGGUAAAUCUAACCUUUUGUCGCGAUUCUCCAAGAACGAAUUCAGCCUCGACUCGAAAUCCACAAUUGGCGUUGAAUUCGCCACCCGUAACAUUAGUGUUGAAGACAAGAAAAUCAAGGGCCAAAUCUGGGAUACCGCUGGACAAGAAAGGUACCGAGCUAUCACAAGCGCUUAUUACAGAGGAACCGUAGGCGCUCUAAUUGUUUACGACAUCACACGAAAAGUAACGUUUGAAAAUGUUGAUCGGUGGCUAAAGGAGCUUAAAGACCACACGGACCAAAACAUCGUGGUCAUGCUAGUGGGAAACAAGGCCGAUCUUGGUCACCUACGAGCCGUUACAACAGAUGAAGCCAAGGCUUAUUCUGAGAGAGAGAACGUCUUUUUUAUGGAAACAUCGGCUCUGGAGUCGCUAAACGUUGAGAAAGCUUUUACCGAAGUACUAACUCAGAUUUAUCGAGUUAUGAGCCGAAAGGCGCUUGGCGUUACUACUGACCCUGCUCUAUUACCCAAGGGACAAACGAUUAACAUCGGAGGUAAAGAUGAUGUCUCGGCUAUGAAGAAAACCGGGUGUUGCUCUUCAUAAAAAGAACAGUUGUUAUGCCUAAGGUUGAUUUUGGGUACAAUGUAAAAUUAAUAAUAGAAAACAUGUCACACUACAAGUGACAAUGUUAAUGAUUGUAACAUGUUAUAACUAUAUCACCAACGGGCGAUUUAGAUAUCUAGAUGUGUGAAUACUAGAGAUCUUUCCCUUUGGAUUCUUUUUUCUGUCAACAAGCUUUAGUUCCAAUCUAUACAAUGCACAAGCAUCAUAUCUGUUGAUCUCGUAUUCGUAAAGAUGCCAUUCAACGAGUUUCAUGGGCUGCGGAUCCAUGUAAUACGAUCUUUUUAGCCAUCCAGAUUCAUUAAUCACUUGCUUUCUCGAUUCAUGCCAGCCCCUACCGUUGUAAUCAGGGAGUGAUCUUUGCUUUCUGUUUCCACUCUCGAAUGCCCUUCGUGGUUUAUCAAAAAAUAACCACUCUCGGA